AUGCGCAGGGAGAGCUUUGUCCCCGAGACAGACGGACUGUCAAGUAGGCCUACUACAGGGGUGUCUGAAUCAAGCCGAAUGAAGAGAGCAGCUGCAAAGCAUCUAAUCGAGCGCUACUUUCGGCAGUUAACAAAGGGUUGUGGAAAUGGCAACUGCACGAAUCUGUUUUGCGCAUCGUGUUGUGACUUUCAACCUGUGGAUAACAAUUCAGCAGCUGUCAAAGCGCUUGAGCUUUAUAAGAUUAAUGCCAAGCUCUGUCAUCCUAACCCUUCCAAGAAUGAAUAUACUGCUGUCGACCCUGACAGCAGUGACAACGAAACCAGCCCUAACUUGAGCAGCAUGAUGAGUGAUAAGGAUGGCUUUACAACCAAGGAAGACUUAGAAGAUGUUCACUACCUAACAGAAGACACUGUCAAUACGAUUGUGCAUCUCUGUGAAGAGGAAGGUGACUUCUCCAUUCUCGUCCGCAUCAUCGGCAGAAUCUUCUCCAAUACUGAUGCUUUAAUGAGAAGCUUCAGGAAGGAUGGGCACCAUGUUACAGAAGAGCUCCAGCCUUUUAAAUCUACAGAUGAUAAGACACAUGAGAAUUACAAGGAGAGGACAACUGAUCUCGGAGAAAAUAUGGGUGCCUCCACUGCUGCUUUACCAGAGGACAGUAUUGCUCAAAAGCCUGGCCCAAAUGAGGUAACGUUGGACAUAGACGCGGUGAGGAGAGUAUAUGACAGACUCCUGACCAAUGACCAGAUAGAGGCAGCUCUUGUUAAUGCAUUGGUUUACCUAACCCCAAAUCUGGAACUUGACCUAGAAUACUUGGACGUGUAUGAAACAAACCCUGAUUAUUUAAAUAUCUUCAUCAUUGUGAUGGAGAACAGUAACCUCCACAGUCCAGAGUACCUGGAGAUAGCAAUGCCACAGUUCUGCAAAGCCAUGUGCCAACUGCCGGUGUCCGCACUUGCCAAGCUGGUACGUCUGUGGUCCCAGUACAGUGUUGCACAUAUCCGCCGAAUGAUGGAGACGUUCCAGCAACUUAUCACUUUCACAAUAAUCAGCAAUGAAUAUGACAGUGAAAAUCUGGUCAAUGAUGACGAGACGGUGGUAGCCGCUACAAAGUGUUUAAAGGUGGUCUUCUACGCAAGUAUCCUGGGGGGGGAUCUGGAUGUCGAGCACAACGAGGAGGAAGAUGAAGAAUCCGACUCGGACGAACUUACUCUGCAAGAGCUGCUGGGAGAGGAGCGGCUUUACAGGAAAGGCCCGCAGGUUGACCCGCUGGAGAAAGAACUGGCGGUUCGAACUGUCGACUGUAGAAGGCCCGUCAUCCCGUUUGAGGACUUUAUCAAUGAGUCACUCAACGAGGUGGUGGAGAUGGACAAGGACUUCACCUUCUUCAAGGUGGAUGCAGAGAGCAAGUUUUCUUUCCAGAGCUGCCCCUUCAUCCUCAACGCUGUCACCAAGAAUCAGGGCUUGUACUAUGACAACAGGAUCCGCAUGUACAGCGAGCGACGCAUCACGGCGCUCUACAGCAUGGUUCAGGGCCAGCAACCCAACCCAUAUCUCAAGCUCAAAGUGCGCAGAGAUCACAUCAUUGAUGAUGCUCUUGUCAGACUGGAGAUGAUUUCCAUGGAGAACCCUUCUGACCUGAAGAAACAGCUAUUUGUCGAAUUUGAGGGGGAGCAAGGUGUUGAUGAGGGAGGUGUUUCAAAGGAGUUCUUUCAGUUGGUCUUGGAGGAAAUCUUCAACCCUGAUAUUGGAAUGUUUACCUAUGAUGACAAGACGAAGCUUUUUUGGUUUAAUUCGUCUUCCCUGGAGACUGAAGCCCAAUAUACCCUCAUUGGAAUUGUCCUGGGGCUUGCCAUUUACAAUAAUUGCAUCUUGGAUGUGCAUUUCCCAAUGGUUGUCUAUAGGAAACUCAUGGGCAAGAAAGGGACCUACGUGGACCUGGCAGAUUCUCAUCCACUUCUCUACCAGAGUCUGAGAGAGGUGCUGGAGUAUACUGGAAAUGUUGAAGAAGAUAUGAUGAUCACCUUCCAGAUAUCACAGACGGACCUUUUUGGAAACCCAAUCUCAUAUGACUUGAAGGAAGAGGGAGACCAGAUACCUAUCACUAACAAAAAUAGAGACGAAUUUGUGGAUCUGUAUGCAGAAUACACCCUCAACACGAGCGUGGAGAGACAAUUCAAGGCCUUCAAAAAAGGUUUCCACAUGGUCACUAAUGAAUCACCAUUGACAUAUUUGUUUAGACCUGAAGAGGUUGAGCUGCUGAUCUGUGGAAGCAGGAACCUCGACUUUGAGGCACUCGAAAAAAGCACAGACUAUGACGGGGGUUAUAACAAAGACUGUCAAGUUAUCAAAGAUUUCUGGGAAAUUAUUCACUCCUUUGGAGAGGAACAGAGGAAGCUGUUCCUACAGUUCACCACAGGCACAGACAGAGCCCCGGUUGGUGGCCUGGGCAAAUUAAAAAUGAUCAUCGCCAAGAAUGGCUCCGAUACAGAUAGGCUUCCAACUUCUCACACCUGCUUUAAUGUGCUGCUGCUUCCAGAAUACUCCUCCAAGGAAAAAAUGAAAGAAAGACUUCUUAAAGCCAUCACUUACGCCAAAGGAUUUGGGAUGCUGUAAAAGGAAAGUUUUUCUUAAGUCUGCUGUUUUAUAUCACCCUAACACAAAAAAAGGGCAUUAUAAACUAAUACAAAGUGUAAUAGACUGAGAAUACUGGAGUUCAAUGCUGCAGAGAUCCAGUGCCUGAGCACCCCUAACAGUCAUACUCCACUACUGCCACCCAGAAGUCUCCUCUCCCCAGGAUGUAACUUACUAUUAAGUUUCCUCAGAGAGUUUGACGAGGCAAGUAACGAAUUUGUUGUGUUUUGUUUUGGAUUUUGUUUGGGGUUUUUUUUUGUGCAGAUAUGAGGACUUUUAUUAAAACAAAUUUGUGAAACUGUGAAAGUGCACUUAGACGUAAAAGCGUAAAACGUGAAGUUAUGCUAACUCCCUUUUUUUUUUCAAUUGAAGCAGUGUUAGUUUGAGAUUUCACCAUUCUCUGCCAGUUAUUAAUGGUACGUGAGUGUUCAGAUGAUAACAAACACUUUUCAAAAAGUAACUGGACUUAGGAUCAUGGUGCUGCUUACCUGCGACGAUUGUCACAUUAUUAAUCAUCUAAUAGGGUGGAGUCCUGCCUUAUGCUGCUGAGCCAAAUCCCCCUAUAUACCCCCCCCCCAGCAACCUAUUUUCAAUGAGAAACUCCUUCACGCUAUCAUGUUGUUUUAUUUUUUCCUUUUAUCUUUAACCAGAAUGCUUUGUAUAGGCAUCCUACAGUGGGACUUACCAUGUAGUGUAGCUUUUAUGACAAGAUACAUUUGAGAAUGCUUUAACUAAGUUUAAAGAGCCCGCCUCAUAUGUCUUUGUGUCCUAUUUCUUUGAUGUUUUACUUGCAGAGAAGUGUUACUGCUGAUUGUGUAUACCUGACACUGCAGUCCAUUGACGAAUGUGCAAUGCCUACAUAAAAUAGAGAAGCAACUGUUAUUUAUUAUUUUACAGUAUUUGGCCGAACAAUAUCUCAGGUGAACAAAAAUGUGUGGUUGUUAAAUGUUUGUUUAACAUUACUGUUAUGCAAAAUUAAUAAAAACCGAUUGAA